UCGUAGUUUCAAUGUACAGUCAAGGUCAUCUGAAUACAGGGUUAGUCCAACUCAUAGAUAUAACACACAAGCUUCUUCAUCUGAAUACAAAGCUACAAAUCAAUGUUCAAGCAGUACAAGGACAUAUCAUACAGGUGUAUCAGAACCAGAUAAAAGCCUUCCACACAGAAGAGACGCAGUGACACCUAUUGGGAAACAACUCUACAGACAGGGUAUUAAGUUCAACAACACCUCUGGUGGUCGCUCCAAUCCAAACAUGUUCACCUUCAAAGUGAUGUCAUACAAUGUUCUUGCCCAGAACCUAUUGGAAGAUAACUCUGAUUUAUAUCAGCAUUGCAAGCCUGAGUACCUCGAAUGGGAAUUUAGGAAGGAAAAUAUUCUAUCACAAAUUACCAGCAAGUCUCCAGAUGUGGUCUGUCUUCAAGAGGUGAAUGAAAAGCAUUGUGAGACAUUCUUUAAGAAGAAACUGAAAGCUAAAGGGUAUGAUGGCCAUUUCAAAAAGAGGACAGGUGACAAGAAAGAUGGGUGUGCCAUAUUUUACAAUCCUUCAAGAUUUGAACAUGUUGAAAGCAUCCCUGUAGAUUACCUUCAUGAUGGUGCAUAUAAUCUUGACAGGGACAACAUAGCACUUAUAACUCUAUUGAGACCAAUAAAACAAUAUUUGGGACCCCAUAAACCCCCUAUAUAUUACAAUGAAGACAUCUUGGUUUGCGUGGCGAAUACUCAUCUGUUGUUUAACCCAAGACGUGGAGAUGUGAAGCUCGCCCAAAUGAUGGUGCUGCUAGCUCAGUUGGAUAAAAUUGCUUACAGAGGUCGGAGAAAUCACAAUGAGGAUAUCUAUCAUCCAGUUAUCAUGUGUGGAGAUUUUAAUACAGAACCUUUCACCCCUCUGUAUAAGUUUAUACUGAAGGGGUCUAUACAGUAUGAAGGGAUGAAUGGUGGACUAGUUUGCCAUAAGAAUCGGGCUGGACAAACUAUACCACAAACACUUAUACCUGAAGAAGUUGGCAUUUCGGAUCAGUGUCUCUAUAAAGAAGUCCAUGCUAAAAGGGCAACUGAUGUGAUAUAUGAAACCAUGAAGAAGGAACAAGCACUCAUGACUGCUGGAUCACACACACAUGUAGCACAUCAGGGUGGUAGAAACAGUCCUUUUCAGAACCCCACUCAUAUACCCUCUUUAAUGGUCCAGAACCCAGCUAUAAUCACCUCAUCAACAUGCCAGCCACCUAUACAUGUAGAACCAACCCCUCAAACAUUUGCCUCAGGGGUUCUUUCACAUUGUUUCAACUUUGGUACAGUGUACCGUCAUUUCAGGCAACUUAAGCCAGGCAGACGUGGGGAACCUGAAGUAACGACACACCACCAAAGGGCGUGUGAGACAGUUGAUUAUAUUUUCUACUCAGUGAAACAGAGUAAUAUGGACCCUAGACGUCCCAGUAGGUACGAUGAAAGGAUGUAUGAUGAUGUCAUAGAGGAUAGACUUGAACUGUUGUCUUACUUAGAAAUGUACACUAAGGGUGCCUAUGAAUAUGCAGGAGGCAUACCAAAUAGGUAUGCUUCCUCCGAUCAUGUACCUCUACAUUCAGUGUUUAGGUUGAAGAUAGAUUAGUUAAACACGCUGUCACCUCUGAUAAAUCAGAA